CGUCACUGUGGUGAUAUUAAUUAUACAUCAAUUUGUUCCGUACACCACCGUGACUGGGCCAGGAUCCAUGGAACAUGCCUUUCUUAUUUCCUAGACAUUUCCUCCUGUAUUCCAACCCAUAAAACAUGCUAUCAAAACGAGUCAUCGCUGCAGCUCGCAGUCGUGCUUUUCUCGCAAGCAGAAAUGCCCAGUACCGUGACACUACUGUGUCGUUGUCGAAAGGAUGGAAAGUCGCCGACUCGCAAUUGAGACGUGCACAAUUCCAUUCAUCACGUCUCCUCCAAGCUGAGACCGUAAAAGUGCCACAGAUGGCAGAAUCCAUCUCCGAAGGCACUCUUCGGUCAUGGUCAAAACAGGUUGGGGAUAGCGUCGAAGUUGAUGAGGAAGUCGCAACCAUUGAGACGGAUAAGAUUGAUGUUUCUGUUAACGCGCCCACAGCAGGGAAGAUCGUGGAGCUGCUCGCAAAUGAAGAUGACACUGUCACAGUCGGCCAGGACCUCUUCAGAAUCGAACCUGGCGAAGGUGGUGCAUCCCCCGCCCCUCAAGAACAGAAGACCGACCCUGAAGAACCUAAGGACCAACACUUGGGCAAGACUACGCCGGAGCCUCGCACACCUUCAGGUGCUGACAAGCAGAGUGGUGGUAUCCCUCUCGAAGGACCUAAAGAGUCCAAGAAGGAGGUGAAGCAGGCCUCGAAACCGAAGGAAGAUACGUCAAAAGCACCCCCGCCCGCGCCAAAGGCAGCAGGCAACCGGGGUGAGACGAGAGUCAAGAUGAACCGUAUGCGCCUGCGCAUUGCCGAGCGUCUGAAGGAGUCUCAAAACGCUGCUGCUUCACUCACGACCUUCAAUGAGAUCGACAUGUCCUCUCUCAUGGAGAUGCGGAAGAAGUACAAGGAUGAGGUGCUCAAGGAACAUGACGUCAAGCUUGGCUUCAUGAGCGCGUUUGCCCGUGCAUGCGCGCUGGCACUGAAGGAGAUUCCUGCUGCAAACGCGUCCAUUCAGGGUGACGAGAUUGUUUACCAUGAUUAUGUCGACCUCAGCGUUGCUGUUGCGACUCCCAAGGGUUUGGUUACUCCUGUAGUGAGGAAUGCCGAAGGCAUGGGCUUUGUUGAAAUCGAGAAGGAGAUUGCCGCUCUGGGUACCAAGGCCAGAGACGGUAAGUUGACUCUCGAGGAUAUGGCAGGAGGCACCUUCACCAUUUCCAAUGGCGGCGUCUUCGGCUCGUUGUACGGAACGCCUAUCAUUAACUUGCCACAGUCUGCUGUGCUCGGCAUGCACGCGAUCAAGGACAAGCCUGUGGUUGUGAAUGGCCAGAUCGUGAUCCGACCCAUCAUGGUUGUUGCCCUCACCUACGACCACAGACUACUCGAUGGUCGGGAGGCAGUUACCUUCCUAGUGAAAGUCCGUGACUACAUUGAGGAUCCCCGCAAAAUGCUUCUCGCAUUAAACUGAGCUUCCCUUGGUUGAUUUGUUCGCAAUAGACUUGCACUUAAGUGCCCUUGUUCUUAUAAGUUACAGUAAUUUUCGCAAUCAGUAUUUUCAAUGAUAAAUCCCGUAUUGUUCCCCUC